AUGUCGGUCCAACCAUCACCCAGGGAGGAGACGAAGAUCGAAGAACCGGCGGCAGAAGGUGAACCACUAAAACCUGAACCGGGGGAUGCAGAUCACGUCGCUAUGGAAGACACGACAGUAGAUCAGGAACAAAUCGAGCCGAGAGACCAGACAGGGGAACCUGAUCACAAGAUCGGGCCAGCAGAAGCGCUGGUGAAGCCGGGCAGGGAAACCGACGACGACAUGGAUGACGCCGUCUGUUACCACGAGGGCGGAGACAUCUUCCCGGAAGAUGUCGAGAACCACAUGGCGGUGUUGCCGGAAGUCGAGAUCACCAUGAGAGAAGUCACGAUAGACGAUAUAGUCAUUAUCAAGGCUAACGGCGUGGAUAUCCGCCUCUGUAUCGAUUACCAAGUGGUAAACAAAUUGGAAAGGCUGAUGGUGUACCUGAUGCCGUUGAUCAACGAUCUAGACUUGGACAAGGUGCUCUGGUACUGCUCCCUCGAUAUGGCGAGCGGAUUCUGGGUCGUGUCCAUGACGCCGCGGGCGAGACUGACCUCAGCAUUCAUCACGCCAUUCGGCUUAUUCGAGUGGGCGAGGAUACCGUUCGGUCUAAAGAACGCCCCGCAGAUUUACCAGCGGAUCGUAGACAACGCCCUGUACGGGCAUAUGUGCAUCAAGCCCGGCCAAGACAAUACAGUAGAUGUGUUCGAGGAAGGGGGCCAGAGCCAGAACCCAAACCGUCGAUCUUGGGGCGACGAUCGUACGCUGACGACAUUCUCGCGCAAGGUGACUUACCUGGACCACCAAGUGUCGACAGAUAGGUUGGAGGUGAAGCCAAAAGACCUCGAAGCGUUCUCGAAUCUCCCGUUCCCCACCAAGCUGAAUUCGAUGCAGCCGUUCCUUGGAAACUUGAAUUACUACAGCCGCUUCAUCGAGGACUUUGCAGUAUAUGCUGCGAUCUUGUAUGAACUUCGGGAAGUGGAUUACUACCAGGUUGAAGUUGACUGGAGAACCGGAGGAAGGGACAACCCCAGCGGAUGCAGAACUCGGACGCUGAAGGCCAACGAGUUGAACUAUGGGAUCGUAGAUAAGGAAGGCCUGGAUCUUUUUCGUAUGUUGGAUGUCUGCUACUCGCAGUUGGUCACCAGAUCGAUCAAGGUGCUAUCGCGUUUCUCCACGCUAGCCCGGCUCCUGAAGUCGAAUGGACUAGACGGGCGUUUGGGCCGGUGGGCCGCAUUGUUGUCUGAUUGGACGCUGGAAAUUACGAAGUGUUCCAAAGGCGAAGAUGAAAUCGUAGGGACGAUCGCCGCGAGCAUCACUCCUCGAGCGGAAGUUGACGAAGCUCUAAUCACGAUAGCCCCGAAGAAACAACUCCGGAAGAUGAUCGCCAUGAUCCCUCCAACCGUAGAGCCAGAAGAGAGCUUGUUGGUGGAAAGCUUUGACGGAUCGGGACGAGUGAAGCGUGCGGGAGGCGCAUACAGCGCAAUCCUCUGGAAACUCCCCGAGUGGACGGUCCUCGAAGCGAUGUCCGAGACCAUGCCGGACUUGACCGUGAACGAGGCGGAGUACAGGGGAUUGCUGAUGGGUUUCGAUCUCCUCUCGGAUCAAGCCAGAUGGCGACGCAAAUUCCUGCGCGUAAAGCGAGAUUGGAACCAAAGCGCAGACAAGCUCACCAGUGCUGCACUGCAGCGGGAGGAAGACGUAAUCGUGACGGCAGAAGAGGAACGACGGGACCUGACCACGCUCAACAGAUUGCACGAAUACUACAGUCAAGAUCAACCAGAUCGUCAGCGGAUCAAGCAGGCACAAGAUGAAGAAAAGUGGAUCGUCGAUCUAAAAGCUUACCUGAACGGUGACCUGCGCGACCUGUCGAAGGAAGACAUCCCGAAGUCCCUGAUGCGAGACGAAGACCGCGACGUCCGGCUGCUGGUGCCGGCAAGUUUGCAGCAGGACUUCCUGCAUCAUUACCACACGAGCCUGGAAGGAGGUCAUCAGGGCAGCUACGUAGGAAGUUGCACAGACUGUGAGACGGGUAAAGGGAAACCAACAGAUCAAGGAAGAUCCCCAGGGAACGUGCUAGAAUUGCUGAUCUGGCCCGAUCUGUUCACCGGGUAUGUGAUUGCUAACGCGAGAUCGUCGCGGGAGGCCCAGGCCGUGGCGGAGAACUACGAAGAAUGUGUCUUCAGACGGUUCGGUGCAAGUGGUAACGGGAAAGCGGAACGGACGGUGCAAACGUUGACGCGAACGCUAAAAAUGUAUGUCGCCGACGUCAACCAACAGGACUGGGAUGACUACGCAGAACGUCUGACGUUCGCGCUCAACACUGCUCAGGACCGAGUCCGCGGGGAUACGUUUUUCUACCUGGUGCACGGAUGGGAUGCAAGAUAG